CGACACGAAAACCCAUCCAUCGAGCGUCUUCUUUCGCUAUUUUUAUUUCUCCGUAGACUCGUCACGUCCGCAUUACCUCGUAACUGGAAAAUUUUUUAUGGCCCAGUCGCCGAAACAUCGUCAUUCAAAGUAGUCGCGUUUUUUCAAGGAAUAUUUCAAUAACACGACGAUCAGAUAUUCGUGGUAGAAUAUCAUGGGACUUCUUCAAGCCAUCCCGGUCAUCCUGCUGAUUCUCGCUGUCGACGGCAUCAGCGGUGAUAAACAGCAGCAAGAGGACCCUUGCCAAACGAAAGCCAGAGUCGUUAGCGAUCUGGAAUACUGCGACCGUUACUGGGAGUGCGUCAACGGACGUCCGGAGCUUUUCGAUUGCCCCAACGGUCUGGUGUUCGCCGGUAAACAUCGCGGCGUAACCGAAGGCUGCGAUUACCCGUGGCGGGCGAAUUACUGCGAGGGAAAAAGGCAGGCGAACACCCCGAUAGGGGCUGAUCACUGCGGUUGGUUGUACGGAAUAUUUGGCCACGAAACGUCCUGCACCAGGUACUGGACGUGUUGGAACGGAACGGCUACCGAGCAACUCUGCAUCGGCGGUCUUCUUUACAACGAAAGAACGCACUCCUGCGACUGGCCCGAGAAUGUCGAGGGUUGCCAGAAGCAUCCUCUCUGCACCUCCGACCCGAACGGAAACGUGCCCUUGGGAAAAUCGUGCAAUCGUUACUGGCAAUGUCAGGGAGGAUAUCCUCGUCUUCAACGUUGCCCCGCCAUGUUGGUGUUCGACAGAAGGUCCUUGAGAUGCGUCGUACCACCGACGGAGGACUGCGACAUUCCGACACCUCCGCCAACCCUGGAGACUGAUUUUGCCGAAGGGGAGAACGGCGAACCGGAAGAAGAGAAUCUGCCGCCCGGUGUCCCCUCACUUCCGGCUGGCGCUGUUCCCGUCGCGCUGAGACCGAGAGGAAGAAACUAAAGAGCCACGAUCGCUGCGGGGAGAACGAGAGCUUCGGCUGAUCGUUCGAAAUAAAUUUUUCAACGAAACAGAGGCCGAGCUCGUUCCUCCGUUGCUGCUGAAUUCUGAACCGGUCGAGCUGCUGGAUAGGCAAUAUCUGAGCCACUGGGCCUGGAAAUCCUUUCACAAAUUAUCUUCUACUAUUGUACUAUUAUUUUAUCCUCGAUCCCCCGAUCUUUCAUCCCAAAAUCAAAAUGUAAAUAUUCCUCUUUCCAUCCACUCUUAUUAUACUUUACAUUGUACUUUACGUUAGUUUAUAGGAUUGUGCAAUAAAGUAUUGUAUAUUUUUUUAUACGUAUAAUAUCUGAA